UCAUUCACGUCAAGUGUGCACCUCGUCCUCGAUGUCCUGGCCAAAUGUUGGGCUUCCCACCUAUCUAUGCCAUGCUUCAAUUCACAGGCUACCUACAAUCUACCGGUAGGAGGAGAUUUCACAAGAGAAAGUUUAUCAAUGUCUAUUCAACACAAAUGCUUUUCAAGCUUCCUGCUCCCUCCAAAGCCAUCAGCCCUACCGGGAAGUACUAGCUAGCCUACCAGUACCGUACGAUACAAUAAAAUGAAAAGCGUGCCCAUGGCAACAUAACAUGGGCCGGGCCACAACCAUCGAGUUGCUCUGGUAUGUACCAGUCUGGUACGGUUCUGGUACCAGUACUGUAGACUCCCAACGACACUCAGUCUUGCCAGGGGAACAGUGCUCCAGAUUUGUAAGUCUUUGAGGGUUGACAGCUAAUUCAUGGAAGGAGGCAUUGACCUAUUGUCAAAGACCAAGCUUGUAAUCUGGUAACUUUCACCUACUUCCAGAUUGCUGCUCCCAGAUCCUACCAUUCUCCUAUUCCUUGGCUGGAUCAAACAGAUCUUCCCACCAUCAUGAAGCUUCAUUCUGUCUUGAAGCCAGAGCACGCGGCUGAUCUUGAGAAAUCCAACAACGAGGCUCGAGCCCUCACCUUCAAGCACAAAGCUACCGAGGAACUCAAGUACACUGCUGAGCUCGAGAGUCACGCCCUGUUCAAGCGCAACGUGAAGCGCGGCCGUGCGUCCGACAGCGCCAAGGGCAACUCCGACGCUUGGUUGGCCCAUUGCACUAGUUACUUUGCUUUUUUCCUUGUAGGCUUCCAUGUCGAACUCUAUUUCGUACAGUGAUUCCUCUUCUGAACUUCUGAAGUGACGGGUGCAACAUCAUCCAUACCCCCUUUGACUAAUAUCCUUCCAUUGAUACCCACGAGAGCGCCCAUGAGUUUUAAGUUAGGGUCCGUCAGUGCCUCAUGGACUGUCCCUCCGAGGACACCUGCAUACAAAGAGAGACACCAUCAGAGAUGAUUUCGCCACGCUAAAGGAGAAUGGAAAUGAGUUACCUGAAUGCAAAUUUUCCGUAUCGUCACCGGAUACUCGCAUCUUGAAUUGGGUGCUUGGGGAUGGAGUAGAAUAUUGUGGUUAGCGGCCAAAUAUCUCAAAUCUUGCAUUCAUCAUGCUCGUGGAGAACUCAACAAACAGAAGAAGGCAAACAAAACUAGUUACUCAGUACAAAAUUCAAUCUACGAGCUUGUGCCGUCAACUCUGGUUUUUCUUGAUUUGAGAGAGGUUAUGGAAUGACGCAGCUUCAAUUGGCCGACCUGUGCAACAGGACCACCCAUCCCGCCUCCGCAUUCGAUUCCACUUAAAACCUCAGCAGAGAGGAGCUAGUAUCCAGCAAAAGCGCAUGCGCAUUUUAAAAUUAAACAACAUCUCAUCUGAACCCACCGAACAACGACAUCUGUUGCGUCUCGGUUUGGCAAUCGCACAAACCAGUUCAGCCUUUUAGCGGUUCAUCCUCUUCGCACGUUUCUAUUAAUCCUGCACGCAUGCCAUUCGUGAAUUCGACUGGGGGAAGUCGCC